GGGUGUGUGAAAGCGUGCGACAGCCCCACCGUUGCCUUCCUCUACACAACUCUUUUAUUGCAAAUACGAAAUUAUGCAAACCUUCUGUAGAAUUGCACCCUCCGCCAUGGCCUCCUUCCCUUGUUCUAAGACUCGGACAGGGGUUUGUGUAUGGCCUGGCUUGAGACAGCUUUCUCUUAGGAAGAAUCUCCUCUAUGGAUUUAUGCAGCUUUUCUCAAUGCCGUUUAAGACCAUACGUGGAGUUAGUCGGACACUAGGAGUUUCUAAUCUCUGUAGCAUUACCAGUACGUGUUCAAGUUUGCAAAUCGAACUGAUACCAUGUCUCCAGGAUAAUUAUGCAUAUCUAUUGCACGAUGUGGAUACUGGAACAGUUGGUGUUGUGGAUCCUUCUGAAGCUGUUCCUGUUAUAGAUGCACUGAGUAGAAACAACCGCAAUUUGACUUACAUUUUGAACACACAUCAUCACUAUGAUCACACUGGUGGCAACAUGGAGUUAAAAGCAAGGUAUGGGGCAAAGGUAAUUGGAUCUGGAGUAGACAGUGAUAGAAUACCUGGUAUUGAUAUAGCCCUAAAUGAUGGGGACCAAUGGAUGUUCGCAGGCCAUGAGGUGCUUGUCAUGGAGACUCCUGGUCAUACGCGAGGGCAUAUCAGUUUUUAUUUCCCGAGAUCAAAGGCAAUUUUUACAGGAGACACACUGUUCAGCUUGUCUUGUGGUAAGCUAUUCGAAGGGACUCCUCAGCAGAUGCUCUCUUCAUUGAGGAAGAUCAUGUCCUUACCAGACGAUACAAAUGUUUACUGUGGUCACGAAUAUACAUUGAGCAAUUCAAAAUUUGCACUUUCCAUAGAACCUGGUAAUGAAGAAUUGCAGUCAUAUGCUGCACAAGUUGUCAAUCUUCGCAAGAAGGGCUUGCCAACAAUUCCAACAACGCUCAAGGCGGAGAAGCUAUGUAAUCCAUUUCUUCGAACUUCAAGUACAGAAAUCCGGAAGUUGCUAAACAUUCCACCCACUGCUGCUGACGCAGAAGCCUUGGGAGCUAUUCGUCGUGCCAAGGAUAAGUUUUAGGUCGGGCAUGUGAAUUUGCCUAUAAAUGAGCCAGAGAAUGUGUUAGAUACAAUGUGGCUUAACAAUUUUUGUAUAGGGAAAGUACAUCUACCAGACAAGGAAUACCUGAUUCCUGUUCAUGUUUGUCUUAGCUUGGAGAGUCCAGAUUCUGCGUGAGACUGUCCUUCUGAUUGAUACACAUAUUACAUAUGGUUAAAUUUGACCCAAUAGAGUUGUUAUAGCAAGAAAAGCUUUUUAGUUACUGCUGUAUUAUUUUAUGGAUCAAGUUUACUUUUUCAUUUUAUAUUGAAUAUGCGUACCAUUUCUUUCAA